AUGGAAACUGCGGAGUUUACCUCGGCAAAGAGGUCACGUUCUGCGCACCUUGCACAGCUGACCAAAAUUUACAAUGAACUUGAGAGACAGAUGGUGUCUACAGAAAACGCUGAAAAGUCAGCAGAAAAAUCUAACGAAUUCAACGAGCAUUAUUCCGAGUGGCAAAAACAGUCACUACAUUCGGGUCAAGAUGAUAAUAUAUCUACGAUUAGCAGAACGAGUACAGCACGGUCAUCUCGUGCGCAGUUACUAAAUGCAAAGGCUAAAAGACUGAUUGCAGAACAUAAACUAAGAACACUAAGAGUAAAACAAAAAAUAGAACAAGAGCAAAGGGAAUUAGAAAAUAAGCGGCAAUUACUUGAACAAGAGAGCGAAUUAGAAGAAGCAAGGAUCGAGGAAUCUGUCUGGCAGGAAGAUAUCGAAUGUCCUGAUAAUAAUGGUGGUCGGAACUUUCCGGAAGUAGCACGUGACGUAUCCGUUAGCGGGCAGGAUUCAGCAGAAACGGUAAUUUCUCGUGACAAAAGCAAUGGCGAGGGUAAAAGUUGUAUUGAGGAUUGUGUUUUACUUGAUCCAGAUGAUGGUUACAGGCGUGCAAAGAAAAUUUUGCAAACUCGCUAUGGUAAGCCUCAUGUAAUUGCCAGAAGUUAUAUUGAUAGUUUAGUAUACGGCCCUCAGGUAAAAGCCUCCGAUGUUGAUAAACUUUCUCAGUUAGCUUUAGAGAUGCAAAAAUGUGAAAUAACCCUGUCCCAGUUAGGCUUUAUUUCUGAUGUAAGUAACUCAGAAAAUCUCAGGCGCAUUGUUAAACGCUUACCUAUGCAUUUACGUACAAAAUGGGUAGAAGUUGCGCACGCUAUUACUGAGUCUGGCAGAGAACCCUGCUUUACUGAUUCAACAAAGUUUGUAGAUGAAAAAUCCCGUGUUGCAUGUUCAGUGUAUGGCCUUGAUCUCGUAAAAAACGAGUCCCAGUCAAAGGUUGACAAACUGACCAAUUGUAAAUCAGAUACUCAUGUUAAAGGCAGAGUGACCAUGUUAACCACUCGAACAGGUAAUGAAAAACCAAGGUUCGAACGUAAAUGUUAUUGUUGUUCAGAGACAUGUUCAGAUUUGUCAUCAUGUAAAGUAUUUGAGUCUAUGAAUUUAGGUGAGAGAAGAAAACUUGUUAGCAAGUUUAAAUUGUGUUUUAACUGUCUUAAGGGCAAACAUUUUUCAAAUACUUGUAGAAAACCAAAACAAUGUGUUGUACCUGAUUGUACCUCUAAGCAUCAUACAUUGUUACACACUUGGGUAAAGCCCGAGUCUGAUCACACAGUUACACAGCCAUCUGUAAAUUGUGCUGCUACGAAUGGGUCAUUUUUAAAAACAUGUCUAGGGAUUAUACCUAUUACUGUAAAAGCUUGGAACGGUAACUCAUGCCAGACGUAUACGUUGCUUGACGACGGCGCGGAUAAGACUCUGUAUGAUGAACGGUUGUUGCAAAAGCUGAACUAUCCUGGGAAACCCGUUACCUUUCAAAUAUCCACCAUAAGUUCCGUUGCCAGUAGUACCGUAGGACAGGAAGUUGACCUGCACGUGAAACCUGUUUCCGGUGGUGAUGAAGUAAAACUUAACAAAAUAUGGUCGGUGAAAAGGCUACCAAUUACUACUAGGUCUGCUGCUACUGCGGAAGAUACUCGCAAAAUACCCUACAUAUCUGACUUGAAAAUUCCACGUGUCGACGUCACUGACGUCAUGUUGUUAAUAGGCACGGAUUCACCAGACGCACACGUUCCCCUUGAAGUUCUCGCCGGAGAAAGUAAUCAGCCGUACGCAGUUAGGACGCGGCUUGGUUGGACAGUUCGUGGUCCUGUUCCAGGAAAUAUUGAAAAUAACGGAAAGGGAACAGUGAGCAUUCACUAUUGUCAAUCUAGUGACGUCAUGCUGCAACAACAGCUUGAGCGCAUGUGGACGUCGGAUUUUAAUGACGUGCUUCACAAUGAGAAAGAUUCUUUGUCCCUGGAAGAUAAGAAGGCUCUUCUAUUAUGGAAUCAACUCUGA